GGGGCGCUCUUACCUGCCGCAGUCGUCGUCCACCUCCGCACCUGCGUCCCCGUCCCCAGUGUUGAACGAUGAUGGAAGAGAGCGGGAUCGAGAUAACACCCCCCAGGACUCCACCACCCAAUCCUAUAGGAUCUACCACCACCACCCCAUCUUCAACUCCAGCUCCUCUUGCUACAACCAGUUCCUUUUCUUCUCCAAGUGCAACACCCAUGCAGUCUUUGCCUCCACAUGCGUAUUCCACCCCACAACAGACCCUCCCUCCGUCAGGCCCUGCAGCACCACUGCCUUUUGUGCCUCCAUCACCUGUUACUUCUGGACCCCCACUUACUACUUGUGCUUCACUUCCUGUUGCUCUACCGACUCCUGCUGCCACUCUUGGUAAUUCACCUGCACCCCAGUUCCCACCAUCCACAUCUGCCCCCAGCACUCCUUUAGCUGCUCCCCCAUCGGGGCCUCCUACAUCAGGAUUUUCUGUGGGAUCUGCUUACGACAUAACAAGGGGACACGCAGGAAGAGCUCCUCAGACGCCCCUGAUGCCAUCGUUCCCCCCCCCUCCAGUCACAGGUGUUUUGCCAGCUCCCAUAACUCAGCAAGCCAGUCUCACAUCUCUGGCCCAGGGAGCUGGCUCUCCAUCAGCCAUCACCUUUCCAGAGGAGCAGGAAAAUCCAAGAAUUAUUAGUGUGCAGGAUGAAGCAUCUGCAGGUGGACUCUGGGGAUUCAUUAAGGGUGUAGCUGGGAAUCCGAUGGUAAAAUCUGUGCUUGAUAAGACAAAACACUCAGUAGAAACCAUGAUUACAACGCUGGACCCUGGCAUGGCUCCAUACAUCAAAUCAGGAGGUGAACUGGAUAUUGUAGUGACCUCAAAUAAAGAUGUAAAAGUUGCUGCCAUUCGAGAUGCCUUCCAGGAGGUCUUUGGCUUAGCAGUGGUUGUAGGGGAAGCUGGACAAUCUAGUAUUGCCCCACAACCAGUGGGCUAUGCAGCUGGAUUAAAAGGCGCCCAGGAACGGAUAGAUAGCUUGCGUCGAAGUGGAGUGAUCCAUGAAAAACAGACUGCUGUGUCCGUAGAAAACUUCAUUGCAGAAUUGCUGCCAGACAAGUGAUUUGACAUUGGUUGUGUAAUAGUUGAAGAUCCUGUCCAUGGCAUUCAUCUAGAAACAUUUACACAGGCCACACCAAUACCUUUGGAAUUUGUGCAACAGGCUCAAAGCCUAACUCCACAGGACUACAACCUGAGAUGAUCAGGCUUUUCGGUGACAGUGGGCGAAGUUCUGGAAAAGAAUUUGGUCAACAUCAGCCAGACUGACUGGCACGUGGCUUUCACUGGCAUGUCUCGCCCACAGAUGAUCUACAGUGCUGCCAAGGCAAUAGCCGGCAUGUACAAGCAGCACCUGCCGCCUCGACCAAUGUGAGAAGGUGCGAGGACAAACCCAAACUACUGACAUGUGAGGAGAGGAGAGAGACAUGUCCCUUCUCACGUGUCGAGUUUCCCUGUAUCUAACCAUAGUUUUUCUGUAGGCUCUGGUGUCAUUCCAGUAGAUGGGAAGAGAUGGGUCCUUUUUUUGUGCUUACAAUUUUACAUACCAGUUCUUAAAAGAAAAUGUAAAACUAUUUUUAUAGGACAAUUUGAUACGCCAAAUUUAUAAGGUAUAGAUUCUUGUGCUAUGUGACCUUAACUUAAUGAUAAAUACUUGAUUAUUUGGGUGUAAGAUUUAACGUGUUUAUUUAAUGCUCCUUAAAAACAUUGUUUUUUUUUCAUUCAUGUAUACCCUCAUCUCAGGCCUGAUGCUGAACUGUGUCCAACUAGUGACUGUAAGAAGCCUGCAUUUUGAAGCACACUCUAACAUGGGCCAGAAUAACAAAAGUCAUCAUUUGUGACCAUCAUGUAGUUGCACAUCCUGAAGAGACUAAGUAAUUAGUUCUGGCUCUUCAGAUUUAUUCCAUGCACAGUGUAGCCAUUGCUGUAUGACAUCUAAGUGGCACAUGAUGUGAGUGUAUGUAAACCAAAAAAUGUGUUGGUUUUGGGUGAUGUUACUCUGUACGUUCAUUAUUUCUG